CAUACUGUAGAACAAACGGUUACCAGAACGAACUCGACCCGCACGAUAAUUUUCACCUUUAAAAUGGCUUUAUCUCAGGACUUGUCUGAGGAAGAAUUAAGGAGACAGUUUGAGGAGCAGUUUAGUUUGGAAAUUGAAAGCCUCCUGGGAAUGGGUCGUCGUCCGCCAUCCCAUAUCAGCAUGUCCUUGAUUUCAAAGAGAAACCUACCAGAAUCAAUAGCCCAGGGAUCGGGAGAUGAACUUAUUGCAGGUUUGAUGAAGCUGACUCACGUACGUCUUGACCGAGAGAACAUCACAGAGAUUGACAACCUUGAGAUGCUAGGACCUGUAACAAAUCUUUACCUUCAGCAGAAUUCCAUAGAGAAGAUAGAAAACUUGGAGUGUCUUACUUCCGUUCAGUUCCUCACCCUGGCUGGGAAUAAGAUCAACAAGAUUGAGAACUUGAAGAUACUUGAUACACUCAAGCUAUUAGACCUGUCUGAUAACAAGAUUACAGAUUUAACAGAAGAUGAGCUUCCAAAGUCAUUGGUGUUCCUGGACUUGAGAAAUAAUCCAUGCACUGCCCUACCAGAUUAUAGGACCCGGCUUCUAGCAGCACUUCCAAAUCUUAAGCAGCUUGACAAUGAGUUGCUGACCAAAGAUGAGAAGAGAUCAGCUGGACAUCCUGUGUCUAGCGAUGAUGAUGAUGAGGAAGAGGAGGAGGUUGGAGAAGGUGGGGAUGUUCGUAGUGGUCAAGAUGAUGUUCAGAUAGAUGACGUUUUCCGUAUGAGCGCAGACUUCAUCCACCAGUCACGAGAGAGAUCGUCCCAAUACACCAAUCAGCAUGACCGUCACAUGCUCCAGAUUGAAGAAGUUCGUAGCCAAUCACGGCAGGCCAUGGAAACUGCUAGAUCGAGUCUGAAUUCACCAAGAUCAUCUCUAGAGAAGCAACGCCACCUGACCCCUUCUCCUGCAUCAAGAUAGGGAUUUUAUGAUAGGGAUUGUAGAUAUAUCAGAGAUUAUUAUGUUUGAAAGUCUUUCUCUGUUUUGUUUUGUUUUUAAUUUGCUACAUGUAUAUUGUUCUUUUGGUUCACAAUUUUUUGGUUCUCAAACUUUGAUAUUAUCUCCAUUAUUAUGUAAAGAUGCUCCAUGUCACUCUAAUGGCUCCAGCAUAUAUCGUAUUGAGUAAUGGAGUUCUCUUUGAUAAUUAAACAGUUGAAGCAAUGAAAUUUUUCCUGUUUACUUUUCUGCAACGACUAAAUGGGACCAAUAAAGGGAGUUCUAAAACAUACUUGAGGAAGUUCAGGACUCAUCUGGUUAUCUUUGGUUCAAGCCACACCUUAAGUCAUGUCUUACAGAUUGUUUAUUUUGUUUUAUUUUGAUUUCAAACUUCACUAUAUCAGAAAUUGUACAGGAACAAUAAGUCAUAUUAUUCACCACCUUAACUGUAUUUUGUUACAAUCUCUGUUCCAGGCUACUAGUAUCGGAACAGCACAUAAAAUGCUAUAAGCUGCACAGCGUGGGGUCAUAUCAAUUCUUUCACACUUUUUUUCAGUUUGCUAUUAGCAACUCUUUUCAUUCUGGGUUUUCAGAUAUUACAAACUGAUUCCUAACUUUGGCUAUUUUUUGUAAAUCCUUCAACAAAAGUGAGUAUGAUGUAACACCGUAAUAUGAUGGAGGCAUAAAUUUCAUCUGCCAACAGUAGAGAAUCCAUCUAAAGCCCAGCGCUCACUAUGCGAUUCAUUGCGAUCGGAAUUUCAAAGAAAUUGUAAUAAUAUUUAAUGUGAAGAUAGCAACCAAUAAAAUCUUAGCAAUCUGAGAUCAGAAUAGUGGUAGGACUACUGAAAUCAAAAUUCAUUCUAGUUCAAGCCUCCCUGAAUUAAUAAAAACAAAUUCAAUUCCAAAUCGUAAUGAUGUCUUCAUCGGGUGCGACUUGAAGCCGAUAUGGACUUUACUCUGACCACAUGGCUUGUCGCAAGUAGAAUUAUGAUUUUAUUUGUAUUCCUAACAUUAUUCCGAACUUCAAAGAAAAUAAAUUGCUUGUUGGAAUUUUCAAAUUUGAUGCAAAAUGCGAUUUAUUUUAAAAAUUGCGUCCUAUCUGAUCGCAUAGUGUGCACUUGGCUUAAUUCUUUAUGAAUUUAUGUAAAUAACAUGUAUAUACAAAGAGUGUAAAUACUUCUAUGAUGUUUGUUUGUGCUUCAGACUUUAUUCGAUAAAGUUCACAUUGUAAAUAAUUAUUUAUUACAAGCCUCCAGUUUGGGUAAUUGAUGUUUGUCUGGAGAAAAAUGUAUUCAUCACCUUGAUAAUGGGACUACAGGUACCUUAAGACCACUGCACACCCUACGACUGGACUGCGACUAAAUUUUGGAAUAAAACGUUAAAGGGGAAUCCAGCCUUGGCCAUAAAAUGUUGUGUUGGGAAGGAGAAAAAUUAAUUAAAACAGAAUGGUGAAAGUUUGAAAGAAAUCUGACAAGCAAUAAGAAAGUUAUAGCUGUUUUAAAAUUGAGAUCACUAAUACUAUGUAGAUUUCAAAUUGGCAACUGGGUAAGUAAAAUAUGACAAGAGGCAAGGACAACUUUCCCAUAGGCCAUGAACUUUAUUAUCAGUAGCUGUAGAAUAGUUGGUAUGGAAUAAUAGAAAGUGGUCUCAUAUUGUCUUAAUUCCGUCCAUGCAUUUGCUAGAUACAUAUAUCUUUUGGCAUUCCAUCUAUGUAAUUUGGAGACCUUCUGGUAAUAAAAUUAAAAUGCCACAUAUCGAUAACCAUAGUCUCUUCAACAUCCAUAAUUUUUUGGGGAGAACUUCCUGCAUAGAGUGUGCACACACACUGCACACAUAGGCCUGUCUUUUGAACCCCGGUUGGACUUAAACCAUGGUCUAACUAAGUCUGGGCAAAAAUUAUGAGAAGAUUGAAUUAAUGAGAAUCUGUUUACAUUGUAAUUCUUGUUGUAUUUACUGGGCCCUGUUGCAUGAAAGUUACUUCGCCAUCCAAUGGUAUCUUUCCUGAAAUCCUUGAUUCUGAUUGGCUAAUUAGCAUUGUUACCAUGGUAGUUACCAUUGAAUCGCAAAGUUACACUUUCAUGCAACGGGACCCUGGGACCCUUCCCAUGUUUUGAUGGUAAAAAAACUAUUGUAUUUAUUAUUUCAUUUUUUAAUGCUUUGAGUAAGGAGAACUCGUAAACUUACUCACUUUUCAGCAUUCAAUUAACAAAGAUGUGGCAGAUCUAUGAAGUUCAUGAAGUUGUGCUUGAUUUUACCAAUGACUGGAACAUUCCUUUGUUCAAUGGCAUACUUUAAAUUUCCCUGCUGUUUUUAAACAAAGUGGGAUUGACUCUGUUUAAACACUUCAAAUUUUGACAAUUAGAAAGGUUUGCUUUCAAAAGCUUGUUAACAACCACAAAUUCUAUCUACCAAGAUAUGUAAAUAUAGCCUGUGGGAAUUAAGAGUAUAAUUUUGUAACCAAGAACAUGUCCUAGUCAUUUGUAAAGUUAUGCUUAAAGUAAAGAACAGCAAUGUUUAACAGACCGCUAAUAAUCUUUUUAAGGACAACAGACGCCAAUGCCAUACUCAUAAUGCCAUUCAUGCAGGCAGCCAGCAUUUGUAUUUCCAUUUUCUCUCUGCCAUUAUUGUACUUAUAACUGCCAAUAGUGAAUCCUUUCCGUCCAUAUUUAUAUUCUUAAUGAAAUAAAUCAAAUAUUUUAUAUCUUGU